CCUCGGCUGUUCGCAGCCCCCCUCCCUCGCCCUCCCUCGCAGGUGCGUUCUCCACCCGCCCGCCCAUUGUCUGCCUCACCCCUUUGUCUGCUCCCCCGCCCGCCUCCUGCUCGCCUCCAUCCCGCUGCAGACUCCGCCAGCCUCGCCGAGACAGCCCGCGAGCCUCCGGGCCGGCGGCGGGUCCGCCUGGCGGGCCGCGAGGGCAUGAUGGGGCCGGUGGGGAGAUGAGCCGGCGGUGGCGGAGGGAGGCCGCGCGGCCACAGCGCACCGCCCGCGCAUCCCGCAUGGAUCUCGAGGCCGCCGGCUGGGGCCAUGGGGCAAGUCCUGGGAUUCGCCCACUGCAAAGAAUCUCCUUCUACCGCUUCCACUACACCUGACUCUACGGAUGGUGGCAAUGAUGAAUCCGAUUUUCCUGAGCUGCAGACGGCGCGGGAAUUCUCUGAGGAUGAGGACGAGGAGGCCUCCGUGGAAUGGGGGACGCCCCGAGAGUUGACUUUUUCCUACAUCACCAUCUCAGGGCCCCUCAACAGCAGCCCAACAUUGGGGGAUCACGGCCCCCGAGGCAGGCGGGACUCCCAGACCCGCCGGGCACGGGCCCCACUGCCGCGCACAGACACCUGCGAGACCUUUGUGCCGGCUCUGGGGGACAGUUUGGAGAACAUCCCCAGCCUCUGCCCAUCCCCAGAGGGUGAGGGGACUCCGCCUCCAGGUAGCUGCCAAGGACUAGGCUGGGAUGCUCACAUGUCCUACGUCAGCGAACAGGACAGAAUGGACGGAGACAGGGCGGCAGAAGGACCUCCACAUCACAGCUCCAUCACGCAGGUGCCGGAGGAAGGGGGUCAAAGCAGCAGCAGCAGCGAUUCAUCCUCAGCUUCCUUGGAUGACCUGCCACACAACGCCUUAGUGCCGCACCCAGAAGAGAGUGCUCCCUGUGGUGCUGACGCCAUCCAACACCGAAGAAUGACCUCCGAGUUCUACCAACACCCACCGAUGAAUGAAGAGAGGGAAGAGGAGGUACAGGACGAAGGCCAGGAGCCAAUCACAGAGCAACAUCAAGGUGAACCAGACCAAUCAGGGAACACUCUGGAAAUAUGCAUCAUAGUGGCCGACUUGGUCUACUGGCGGGACACCCGCAAAUCGGCGUUUGUCUUCACUGCCUUGAUGGUGGCUCUGCUGUGCCUGCUGCACUUCAGCAUCAUCAGCGUGGCCUCCUACAUCUCCCUGGCUGCCCUCAGCAUCACCGUCUCUCUCAGGGUUUACAGCAAAGUGCUGCAUGCCAUUCACCGGGGAGAAGGGAACAACCCCUUCCAAGCCCAGCUGGAUGCUGACCUAGGACUGUCCAAGGAGCAGCUGGAACGCCUGACGGAACGGGUCGUCUUCUACUUCACCUCGGGCACAAAGUCCCUGCAGCGUCUCUUCCUGGUGGAUGACAUGGUGGAGUCCAUGAAGUUUGCUUUCCUGUUCUACAUCCUCACAUACGUGGGAGCUGUGUUCAAUGGGAUGACUUUGCUUAUACUGGGUGUGAUAAGUGCAUUUACCUUCCCUCUGCUGUACAGACAACAUCAGGCACAGAUUGACCAGUACGUGGGGCUGGUGAGGAAUCAGUUGAGUAACCUCAGAGCCAAGAUGCUUGCCAAGCUACCAACAGCCAAAGCAAAAGCAGAAUGAAUGACUCCCCUUCUCUUUCCUGCUCCCCUACACAAAUGCACACAAACACACACACACACACACACACACAUAUAUAUAUAUAUAUAUACACAUACACAACACACAUGCGCGCACACACUUCCCCCCCCAUUCCUUCCACCUGCUCUCCCCACCAUCCCUAAAGAGACCCUCCUGUCCCCUGUGCAGGUGGAAACAGACCCACCACCCAUUGGCCUGCACAGGACACAAAGCUCGUGCCUGCAUCCGGUCCACCUCUGACCUAGAGGUCAGAGAAGAAUGGCUGGAGGCUCUCCCCAGCAAAGAAGGCAAAAUGAAGAGCCCUUUGGCAUCCCAGCAUUCCCCUUUGCUAACUGCACAUGGAGAUCCUAGUUCCCCCAGGUUGCACUGCUCCACAUGGAGCAGCCCGCCAUAUGUGCUGGGCAUUGGCACCUCUGAGCAAAACUGACACAGCACAGACUCCGGGGGGCCCCUCCCAGUCAGUGUGGUCCUGUGGGCAGUGGAUCUCUGAUGUGGCAGUGAGUGGGCAUGAGCUUCUCCUCAAGCACCCCUCUCCGGUAGGCCCACAUCUCCAAGCUUAGCAGCCAGGAGCCCAUGACUGUCUGGGGUGUGCCAAGACCUCCUUUUUGCCAGAGUACCAUGUGCCCUCUUUCCCCCUCUCCCUCCCUGCCUGCAGAACUUAUUUCUGAACGGAAAGUUGACAUGACCCUCUGCCAACCUGGAAGAAGCCCCUCUUUCUUCUUCUUCAACAGGUGCCGUUUCCAGGUUGGACAGACCACACACCCCAGAUCCUCUUUACACCCCUUUUUCUUGCAAUGUUCCAACUGCCGUAGCCUUCCUUCACGGGCCUGGCUGUGACUUAGCUAAUGAUGUGGCGUGGCUGGUGCACCCGGUUCUUGGCUUGGAUUUACACUUUAAUAAAAACACGUGGGGGGAAAAAAAACAAUGCGACUGACUCUUGGCCUCCCGCCUCCUUCA